UCACGCAAUCACUGACGCGCGGCCAACGGAAUCGGCUCCGGUCCCAGCCCCGGGUAUACCGUUAUACCUGUGUGAUCACUUUUUUUUCAUGAACAUUUCAUACCUGGAUUUUCUUCUUUAGGUCCGCGUAUCGACUGACGGUAGACAUGACAAUUAGGACGCUGAGAGAUUAUGGUCAGCACUACCGACCACGGAUGGCAUGCCUAAAACAUGUGGAGGUGUUUGUGGUUGAGAUGCAGGAUCCUAAGAGUGGGGUGAAGGGUGCCGACCAGAAACUCAAUGUAACCAUUAUCCCACACGUCAUCAACGGGCAGGACAUUCUAGCAUGGAUUGUCACCAAAAUGAAGGUCACCACAGAAGAGGCCCAGGCGUUUGGGACCAUGCUGGUGGCCUACGGGUACAUCUACCCCCUCCAGAACCACAGGAAGUUGGUCCUGGUCCCCGACAGCACCCUCUACCGCUUCCAGACCCCUUAUUUCUGGCCCGUGCAGAAGUGGCCCGCUGAGGACAUAGACUAUGCCAUCUAUCUGGCCAGGAGAAACAUCCGGAAGAAGGGGAUGCUGGAGCCCUAUGAGCAGCAACACUACGACAAUCUCCACAAAUGGAUGAACCCCAAGUGGGAUUUCAUCGUGAUGCAGGCUACAGAGCAGUACAAGGCUAAUAAAGAGAGGAAGAAGCCAGACAGAGUGGUGUUGGACUGUCAGGAGAGAGCCUACUGGAUAGUACACAGGCCACCACGUCGGACACACAGUGCCAUGGACUACGGUCUGGACCGUCUCAUUGACCCCAAUGCAGAGGAGGUGCUGACCUUCGACGUGGUCAGGAGAACCAACAUUUUCCUUACACAAGCCCUAAUGAGGUCAGCUGUCAAAUCGUCUGUGUCCCUCACGGCCUUUGUCAAGUUCGUGACAACCCACCACAAUCACGACCCGUUCCUGACAACCCCUGUCCCCAGCAACCCCUGGAUAACGGACAGUGAUGAGUUCUGGCAACUCAACUCAAGAAGUGUGGACAUCCCCACUAAGUUGAGUGUGGAGCGUUGGGUCUUGAGCUUCUGGGAGCUGAUCAGUGACCCACGAGGCAGAGUCGACUUCAAGCUCUUCCUCAAGAAGGAGCACAGUGCGGAGAACAUGGCGUUCUACGAGGCAGCUGAGGAGAUGAGGUGGGGAGCAGCGUCUGCCAUACCAGAGAAAUCCCAGUUCAUCUUCAACACCUUUCUGAAGCCUGGAGCUCCUCGAUGGAUCAACAUCGAUGGUCGUACCAUGGGGCUGACAGUGAAGGGUCUGGUUGUUCCUCACCGCUACGUGCUGGACGCUGCCCAGACACACAUCUUCCUGCUCAUGAAGAAGGACACCUUCUACCGGUACCUCAAGUCUCCGGUCCAUAAAGACAUGCAGAAGAGGGCUCUGGUCCCGGCGCCCCACGUCUUCACUGAUGCCCAGUUGGAGGCCAAUGUGAGGAAUCGUAACCCAGGCGUCAGCCCCAUCCUGCAGUGGCAGCAGGAGGAGGAGGAGAAGGCAGCAGCAGCUGUUGCUGCCAGGCCCAUUGACGUCAAAGCCAUGGUGGCCACCAACAAGUUGGACAGGAAGUAGAGAGCCCAGGGCAUCAUGGGAAAUGGAGUUUAAUAUACAUGCGGUUGUUCAUCUAAUAUAUAUUUGGUUUCCAUGGAGAUGGUGUUACAUAGGAUUACUUUAUGUCCUAAAUAUUGGACUUAUUAGCUAUUGUUUUAAUGGAGAUAUUGGUAUUGUAUAGAAUAAUUUAUGUCCUCGACAACUGAUGUCAAGCCAGUACGGAUUGGUUGAUUGAGGGAAAUAAACUUUUGUCUGUUGAGUA